GUUUUCGUACAGAUCGUGACUCGCUAUCCCCAUCCGGACUAGUGCGUGCGACGUGAACAGUCCUCAAUGGGGUGGAUGACUUCAACUGCCCCUGAUGGCAUCCACCAGAAUACUACCUACGCAGGCUCGAACUUGAUAAAUGGUCUCAUCAUCGGGCCAGGUACGGGCCCGGAAAAUACACCCGGCAAGAUGAACCCUCUUUCUGGUGUGAUAGAAGUCACAACGUAUAGUCCAAUCGCUGGUUCCAUGGCAUCAUCACCCCUCAUUGCGGUAAGUAUAUACUUACUUCAGUAGCAGUAGUAGUAGUACCCUUCCCGAACAAAUUGUUGCAAUUGCGCCCCCAAUCCACCAUAACAGUUGGUCUCUGUUACUUAAAU